GCUCGUGUUCCCCGAAAAGCUGUUUCCAUGAGACAUACAGGGCGAUACUAGAGAAAGGCGCACACUCACAUCUGGGAAGAGCUUUCAUCCACGAUUCCUGCGAAAUAAAGCAGCUCCACAACAAAACGUGGGACAGGAGAGAGUAAAGAGAGCCGACCUCCAGCUCCAGCUGCCGGGCUUGUGACGAGAAACAAGCGAGAGACAGAAAACAAAAACUGGACUGAAAUUUAAAAGUUUUCCAGAGGGAGAAGAAACUCUUGAAGAUGGGUGAUUUGUGAAGAUUUCUAAAAGAUUUCUAAAGAGCCCCAAAAAACACCCCGAGGAAGAUCUUCCAACGCGACAGACAAGAAAAGAACAGCAGACAAAGACAUAUUUGACUUCACUGCGCUGCCAUGGAUUCAGGAAAGCAAAUAACCCUCCCGCUGCUGAUGGCCGUCGGAGCGGCUGUGAUUGGCUCCCUGCAGUUUGGAUACAACACAGGUGUCAUCAAUGCGCCCCAGAAGAUUAUCGAGAAAUUCAUCAACGAAACGUGGUUCGAACGUUACAAUGAGCCCAUCUCCAAAACCUCCCUGACAGCCGUGUGGUCCAUCUCUGUCUCCAUCUUCUCUGUCGGAGGCAUCUUUGGUUCAUUCUCUGUCGGACUCUUUGUCAACCGCUUGGGAAGGAGGAACUCGAUGCUCAUGGCCAACGUCCUCGCCUUCAUCGCAGCCAUCCUGAUGGGCUUCUCCAAGAUGGCGAGCUCCUGGGAAAUGCUCAUCAUUGGUCGUUUCGUGGUCGGCCUCUACUCCGGCCUCUCCACGGGCUUCGUUCCCAUGUACGUCGGCGAGGUUUCCCCAACGGCCCUCCGAGGAGCCCUGGGCACCCUGCACCAGCUGGGCAUCGUCGUCGGCAUCCUCAUCGCACAGGUGUUUGGAUUGGAGGCGAUCAUGGGCAACGACGACCUGUGGCCGCUCCUCUUGGGCUUCACCUUCAUCCCCGCCGUGAUCCAGUGCGUGCUGCUGCCUCUCUCCCCCGAGAGCCCCCGCUUCCUGCUCAUCAACAAGAACGAGGAGAACAAGGCCAAGACUGUGCUGAAGAAGCUCCGCGGCACCUCAGACGUGAGCGCUGACAUGCAGGAGAUGAAGGAGGAGAGCCGGCAGAUGAUGAGGGAGAAGAAGGUGACCAUCCUGGAGCUUUUCCGCUCGCCCGUCUACCGCCAGCCCAUCAUGAUCGCCAUCAUGCUGCAGCUCUCCCAGCAGCUGUCUGGCAUCAACGCUGUGUUCUACUACUCCACUCGUAUCUUUGAGAAGGCCGGAGUCGAGCAGCCAAUCUACGCCACCAUCGGAGCCGGAGCUGUCAACACAGCUUUUACAGUGGUGUCGCUGUUUGUCGUCGAACGUGCAGGACGCAGGUCUUUGCACCUCCUAGGGCUCCUGGGAAUGGCUGGAGCCGCCCUCCUCAUGACCAUUGCCUUGGCUCUGCUGGAGCAACUCAAAUGGAUGUCCUACUUGAGCAUUGUGGCGAUUUUCGCCUUCGUGGCCUUCUUUGAGAUCGGACCGGGUCCCAUCCCCUGGUUCAUCGUGGCAGAGCUGUUCUCGCAGGGACCCAGGCCUUCAGCCAUCGCUGUGGCCGGAUUUUGCAACUGGACUGCCAACUUCAUAGUGGGAAUGGGCUUUCAGUAUGUUGAGGAGCUGUGCGGCGCCUACGUGUUUGUCAUCUUCAUCGUGCUGCUGCUCAUGUUCUUCAUCUUCACUUACUUCAAAGUGCCAGAGACCAAGGGCCGGACGUUCGACGACAUUUCGUCCGGCUUCCGGCAGACGACCGCCGCUGGAAUGGAAAAGCACUCGCCGGAGGAGCUGAACAGCCUGGGAGCCGAUUCUCAGCUCUGAGUGGCUGAUUCUGGACUUUGCAGACAAACUCUUCCUCAGACCGAGGGGCCUGCCGGCUAGAAAUAGACUGAUCCACUGGUAGAGUAAUUUUCACGCUGUCACCACAUUUCGGGCGUUGUCACCAAACGCAGAACAGACCUGUGUGAUUCUCCAACAUGGUGUCCUCGGCUGCUCCUCUCACGUCACACAGGGACACUCCAUGGGCACUAUGUCGCCCAGCAAAUGUGGAGAGGGGAGCUGAGGAUAGAGGGGAGGGUUUUUAAUAUUUUAAAGAUAUUUUUAAAUAAGGAAAGGGUGUGUCGGCAUCAAUCAACCAACCUUUUUUAAUAACUAUUUUUCACUGAACAUAUUUCUGAUACGUGCUUAUGCUGUGUUCUUUGUGGCCUGUUACAGUACUAUCUGGUUUAGGGGCGCUGUUGAAACAAGUGUGCAAAAAAAAAAAUACAUACAUACUGUAAUGCUGUAUUACUUCAGACUUUAGCACUGUAGACGCUGCACGUCAAGACUCUCCACUAGAUGGAGCAGUGCCUUUAAAAAACACAAAAAGGUCCAGAUGCUCCACGGAGAGGAAGUUGUAAGUAUAUUAUUUUUUAAGAGCGUGCACGAACUGUCAUAUGCUGUUUUAAAGAUAUUUAUUAGGUUUUCCGUAGAUCCCUAUAAAUAUUUAGUUUUUAUUUUAGAUUUUUCACCCUGAAAGUGUCAUUCUUUUUUUUUGUAUAAUAUUUCUGGUCGUAAAAAUUAAACGGUGUCCAAAUUAUUGAUUUUUACAACUGAUCUGCAUACGACUAACAUUGAAUGGUUUUAUACCAGAGCACUGAACUUGGCAGUGAAGCUGAAUCGAUGAAUCACUCGUUCAUUCGUUCGCACCACGACAUGAGGCAAAGCCUCCACGCACAAUCACCCGCCACAAAACCAAAAAGAAAAAAAUGGGAUAUUUGUGACUUCAAGUCCCGGGUCGAAAAACGAUCAAUCCUCCUCAGCCUUGUUCUGGGAACAGUUUCAGGCGAGGGAGGCUUGAGCCAGAUGAAAAGCUUCUGUCGGUGGGGGAUCUUCUCUUUAAGCACCUCUCUCUGUUACCUGGAGAGCUUCACGAGACAGGUGAAUUGGAUCUUUUCACACAAUCAGGGGCUGCAGUGCUGUCCCCAUCAGAAGCAGAAAAAAAAAUAAAUAACGUGGACCAAAAUGAAUGGAAUUUUUAUUUUAUCUGUUAUCCUGAAAAUGCUCAAACAUCCAUUUAAGUGUGUUGAGAUGUGGACACUUACUGCUGCAGUGCAAGGCCUGUGUCCAGCCUUGAGUGCUCCGUUGCACGGUAUUGUGUUGCUCUCACUCUUUCCCUCUCCCUCAGUCGUUUGUGUGCUACAGCUGCUGGAAAAGAUUCCGUAGACUCGCUCAUUUGGCCUAAUUGUUACAAGUCAAUCACUGUUGUUUCACCUGUCUUCUCUAUAAAUGUUUGAGGAAGGAUAUCUUUUUAGCAGCACUUUAUUAUUCACAGCAAUAUUUCUGACACUGAGGCUGUUGUUGUUUGUACUCACAGCGUGAUGACUUUGUUACUAAAGACAGAUUGAAGUACUGCUGAUGGAAUACUUGAUGUUUCUCCAAUGGAAGUGUAUCAUUCGUUCAUAUCUUACUACGAAUGUAUGUACGCGGACGACAUUUGAUAAUAUACGGUAAAUAGUCGUUGUCGCGUGAGGACGACCCAUCAGUCAAAAAAAAAAAAAAAAAACCUCACGAUCAUUCCAUAAUUGGUUGUACAUAAUGUAACGUGAUUUGUCGUUUGAAAGUACUGUAAUGUCUACUCCGUGUGCCUUUCACAUAUCUUCACCAGCACCAAGCGACGCACGUCCUCCGCACGGACUGUUGCGAACGUCACAAACUGUAUGUCACGUGCCGCGGACUCGCGAAUCCGCUCGGGCAUUGAAAUGUUGAUGAGGCCUCCCGCCGACGGUCUGAACACAGGGGACGAUGUAAAUGUGAAACAAGCGUCAGCUUCGCUCCACUCCACAUUAUAUUGGCGUUUUGAAGUUUUUAUUUUCAUAGAUAAAUUAUUAGUUCUGCAGCGCUGUGCAUUUAGAUUCCUCACUGCUUUCUGUCCUCUUCGUGAUUCCAUAUAGGUGAAGAUACCAUUGUGGCUUAAUGAUACUGUAAUAAUUUUAUUCUAAGGUUUUACAUGUAGAAUUUUGUUCAGUAGCGUUUCCACUUUAGAGCACAGAGUAUAUUGGAAUAUUUGUUAUAAUAAAAACAUCUGUGUGUAUGGUGUUGGAAUGUUUCCUCUGAUGGUGGUGAUGAUGAUGAUGAAAAAGUUUGAGUAAAAUAAAACAUACAUGCAGA